GAAUAAAAAUGGUUUCUGUUUCUUCAUCCGCCUUCCACGGUGACAGCAACAAGGAGAAGAAGCAACCAGUCGCUACUGGUUGCGUAUACUUUUUGCGACGCAAUAGAGGAUGGACAAGUGAUCCAGUAAUAGUAGAAAUCCCUCACAAUUCUAGGAAUUGGUCAAUUAGUUGCUCUUCUUACUAAUCAUCUUUCUACCAUGGGAAACGAGGUAUCUCAAGAAACUAUUCAAGCUGCUGCUGCUGCUUCAGUUGCUGCUUCUGCUGCUGCUCAAGGACAAAGUGGAGGUCAAGGAGAGGGUCUUGCAGGGCCUCACGGUGGCAACAACAAGGAUGAUGCUGCUUCCGCUGCUGUUGCUCCUCCUCACCAUGAUACUACAUCUACAGCUGCGCAUCCCCCGUGUCCUGGAACUACCACUGCUGCUCCUGAUGCAUCGAUGACGACUGCUGCUGCUUCUGCUCAAGGAAAGGAUCGCGGCAAUGUGACAACCCACCUAAAGCCGCCUCCUCGCAGUGGCAACAACAACGAGGUUGAUGCUGCUUCUGCUGCUGUUGCUCCUCCUCACCAUGAUACAUCUACGGCUGCUGCGGAUCCCCCUUGUCCUGGAACUACCACUUCUCCUGAUGCAUCGACGACAACUGCUGCUGCUGCUGAAGGACAAGGAAGUUCUAAAGAUCAAGAUAAGGCCCACCUAAAGCACCCCUCUCCUCAAGGUGACAACAAUGGAGGAGAAAAUCCAAUCAUUGAACAGUAUGAAACCAAACAGGUGUUUGUUUCCACGGAGCCAUACGACGAGGACGAGGACAUCGACACCAGCAAGAAUAAGGAUGAAGAUAGCAAGAGGGACAGCGGCAGAAACGACGACAGUGGUGAUGAUGACAGCAAGAAGACAGUGGAUGAGGAACUACCNUUUGCAAGAACACGAGAGGUAGUGUAUUGUAUUGUACAUACCGUAUCGACCGAGUGCCACAUCGGACACGAGGCAGGAGUCCGAACACAACACACACACACUCGUACUCGCACUCGCUCUCGCACUCGAUCCGUUCCGUCCCGUAUCGUUCCGAACACGCGACGCAUCGAAGCAUCCCGACAGAUCGGAGCGUAACAUCCCAUCCAGCAAGAUCCCGGUUCCAAACCAAGGAACUUGCCAACAACACGCAACAAGAGUCGGCUUUGGCGCGGUUCCUUCGUCUAGAAGACAAGAGCACCGCAGAACAGGGCCCGGCRGACCAGCACAGCGCAAAGCCGCCACUCCGAUGGAUCCCCACCGAACGCCGUUGGGCAACACCGCCCGGCUCCUCGCGGGCCUCUGGCUCCUGGCGGGGGCCUCCCCUUGCUCGGCCAACCCGCACUCGAGGGCCUACAUCCCCUACCGGACGGACCCCUACGACCAGCCGGCGGCCAAGAACAAGGCCUCCGACUUUUGGGGCAAGAAAAGCUCCGACCGGAAGGGGGUCAUCGUCCACCGGAGGCCGGUCCCCCGGAUCUUCGAGGCCGACAAGGCCACCGAUGAGGACCAGACKUGCCCCCUGCGCUUCUCCCUGGGGGUCUCCCGCAAGAGCAGCGACCGGGCACCCGGCCUGGGGGACAACGGGGAAACCACCCCGCUGGGGAUCCACCAGCCCCCGGUCGUCUAUCCCGUCCUGCCCUGGCAGGGGCCCGGCCGGCAGGUCCUCUACGCGACGCAGUACGAGCACCUGGACCUGCUCACCCCCGCCCGGGGGGGAGCGGGCGCCGGCGGAGGCAGCGGCAGCGGCUUUCUCAAGGAGGGCCUCACCGAGCACCUGGAGUUCCCCCUGCUCUUCGAGUCGAGCGCCUUUCAGACCCACCCCCUCGUGGCGGACGUCAACGGKGACGGGAUCCUCGACGCCGUCCUGACGGACUACCACGGGGGCCUCUACGCGAUCGGCCUGCAGGUGGCCGACGGCGGAAGCGCGAGCGGCGGCCACCCCAGCCGCUACUUUCUCAAGGCCCAGGUCCCCCGACUCUACGUCCGGCGGCAGUGGAUGGAGGCGAUGGUCAACGAGACGCUCGGGAUCGAUCCCUACCAGGCCGAGAAGGAGGCCGAGGAAGCCGCCAAAAAGGCCGAGGAGGAACGCAAGGCGGCCCGGGCGGCGGAGGUGGCGGCCGGGGGGGAGCCCCCCCCGGAGGAGGAGGAACCCGACUCCUCCCACCGGGCCGGCGACGAGCGGCCCUACGACCCGUACCACUCGUACUUUGAGUACUCCUACGGCGUCGGGGGGCCCGGACACGAGGCCGUCCUCCAGGGGGUCACGGCCAACGUGCUGGGCCAGGACCAGGACCACGUCAAGGGACUCGAGGAGCGCCGCAAGCGCAAGCACCACCCCGGCAAGCCCGGGGCCGCCCCCGACGCGAAGGGGGACGCGGAACUGGACGACAAGAACCAGCACCUCAUCCAUCGCGACUUUGGGGACGAAAGCGGCGGCGGCGGCGAGAGCGGCAAAGAAAAAGAAGAAGACGAAGCCGGCCACAGGAGGCUCCUGGAAGAAGACCCGGCGGGCGGAGACGAACCAGCGGGGGGAGGAGACCCUCCCGGCGACGACGAGACCGACUGGGCCGCCUUUGCCGACGACCUCCAGCACCCCGACGACGACGACGACGACAACGCCGGCGGCGCUCUCGGCGAAGCAGCGGCAGACGAGGCCGACGCGAGCGGGGACGGCCUUCCCGACGAGGAGGAAGCCGCGGGCGUCCACGUCGAGGGCGCCGCCGGUGGCACCUUUGUCGGCGGGGGGGACGACGACUACCCGCCGCCGCACGACGACUACGCCCGGUUCCAGAACUACGACGACUAUUACUCGGGCCGGUACAACGACCUCCACGAGGACUACUUCGACGACAGGCACUACAUCCGGCUCCCCCCGCACGUCCUCUGCACCCCCGUCCUGGCGGACCUCCCCAAGCUCUACUCCAACAAGCCGGGGGAGACCGAGCGGCUCCUCUUUCUGGCCGUCUCGUACUACUUCGACGAGGACGAAUACGAGGGAUUCUUUUCCUACAAGCGCUUCGAGCAUAGCGACCACGGGGACGAGACCGAGACCCAGCGGGGGAUGUACACCGCGAGCGCCAUCAUGGUCUUUCACUUUGGGGACAGCCCCAGGUGGGGUGAGUAACACCGCGGUGUGGUGUGGUGUGGUGUGGUGUGGUGCGGCAGACCGGCCGAGAAUCGGCCCUCGGCCGGGUCGUUCGGUGUUGGGUCGUGUUUGUUUGCCUCUGUGUGGUUGUGCUGACCACUCGUUUUUUUGGAAUGCCCAUCGAAUGGCUUUUCUCUCCAUCUUUCUUUCUCUCGCGACAGGCCGCCAGGAGCACCUCGAUCUCAGCGCGGACCAUUCCGCCCCCGUGAACCUGACGGCAGUGGGCGCCAUCCCGAUGCGGGAGGACAACACCAAGCUGGGUGCCUUUGCUCUCUCGAGCCCGACGGUGGCGGACAUCGACGGGGACGGCAAAGCCGAGGUCCUGAUGGGGACCAGCAUGGGAUUUCUCUACGUCGUGGAUGCCCGCAACCUCUUCCCGAGGGACAACUUCCCCGUCCAGCUACAGUACGGGAUCGAGUCGCGCGUUCUGGUGGAAGACGUCCGCGGGGACACCAACCUGGAAAUCUUUGUGGCGGACGUCGGGGGAAACGUCCUCUGCCUCGACCACACCGGAAAGAAACUGUGGCACCGGGACCUCCUCUUCAGCAUCACCAACAACAAGGAGAAGGAGCACCGGGGACGCAGCGAGGUGAUCGGCUCGAGCGAGAUGGUCCUCGGCGACGUGAACGGCGACGGGAUCCUCGACCUGGUCUUCCUCCAGCAGAUCAAGUCCGAGGGACACGGGACGACACAGUACCUCUAUGUCCUCUCCGCGGACACGGGCAAGGACCUCGAGGGCUACCCGAUCAACCUCUGGACGAAGGCCGCCAACUACCACCGGGACAACGUCGGGGAAGACUUUGCCCAUGCCAAGCUUUCCCCACCCCUCCUGGUGGAUCUCCACGAGGACCAGAGCCACAUUGCCGAUUACCUGAAUCGCAACGGGACACGUUUCGCAAGGCCGAAGCCGAGCAAGGAACAAUCCGGAAUCGGCGGGGAAGACAAGGUUCCCCACGGCGGUACCGCCGGCGGCCUCCACAUCGUGCAGCCCAUCGAUACCUUCCUGGUUAUUGUCGAGGGCGGAUCCGGCUGCACGCAGUCCAUCGAGAUCGGAGAAACCAUCAACUCGAUGGUCCAGGCCGACGACGUCCACGGGACCAACAAGCUGGACCUAGUCAUCUCCACCGCUUCGGGCAACGUCGUGACGCUCGAGAGCGACGCCCCCUUCCACCCCCUGAACGUCUGGAACCACGGCGAGCUGAGGAGCCGGACCGGCGGUUCUUCCCAUGGGUACAGCGCCUCGCAGGGCAUCUUUGUGCACGAGAUGAGCCGGCGGUACCGCGACAUCUUUGGCGUGUACGUCCCGGUGACCUUUCAGAUCUUUGACAACCGACCCAACAUCGAGAACGAGCCCGACAAGCGCCGGUACGACGUCGAGGUCCGGACGGGAACCUCCGGCCUCGUGGUGCUCAAGACAUACGAUGCGCCCGGAAUCUACACGGAGCGCUUCUACAUCCCUAGCGGCCCGGGGCACUACCAGGUGAGCGUCCUGCUCAAGACCACCCACGGCCUGGUCUACGAGGACGCCUUCCACAUCGGGUACAACGUGAACUACAUGAACGGCUUCAGCGUCCUGCUCUGGCUUCCGCUCACGGUAGCUACGAUCUGCGUCUUUUUGAUGGGAGCCAAGAAGCACCAGAGCUGGGAAGACGACGACUACGAGGGCGAGGGCGGAAAGGGAAUCCUGGACGGCCACGCCGGUCUGCCGGACUGAGAAUCCUUUUGGUUUCUACCGAACGGAGUUGCGUUGUUUUCUGUCUCGCAACACCGUUCUCGGCGGUGCCGAUUGCACCCGUCUUAUUUCCAGCAAUAAKUCACGUGUCAUUUAUUAGUAU